ACUCGAAAAAUGCAAGUGCACAAAACGUUGAAAAAUGACAAUUUUGUAAUGUACUUUGUGGUAAUUGACUAAUUUCGUAGUGACUCAUCAAUUCAAGCCAAGUUUUCUUUUGGUAAUACAAAAUUACGAUAUCUAUUAGCAGUAAAAAUUUCAAGUCAAGUGCAUAUUUACUUCAUGAAAUGUACAUGUCACAAAAAAUGUACUUUUUUGGCGAGGAUGCCCCAGAAAAAUUUAAAUAUCUUGAGAACGGAACAAUAAUUUUUCAAACGACUUGCGUCAAAAUUUUUAGAAUUCAUACGUCUACAAUAUGUAUAAAAUUGAGCAAAAUCUGAUGACCUCGAUUGAGCACCUUCUAUGGUAGCCGGUCGUGGCUUAUGCGGACUUGCUCUUAUAUAAAAUUAAUCUUUUCAUUUUUUUUCAGGUAUAAAUUCUACGAUUUAUAUGGUAAAUCAUUAACUACACGCGAUAUCAAAGAUAAUCAAUUACAGAUUAUACUUCCUACUGCUUCAAGUCUAGCAUCAAUUGAUGAAGCAAAUCCUACCGAUCGAUCCAAUUCUCCUAUUGCAUCCGGUAGUAAGAAGCAACAGCAGCAUAAAGGACAAUCAAGAGAAGUUAAACAAACUAAAGCUCAACGGAUUAUUGAACAAAAUAACCAACGUAUGAUGAAUAAACGUCUUUCUGAGGAAACUGAUAAGAUGAGAAAUGUUGAAGAUCAAUUAACUAAAAUUCCAUCUGAUAAUCAUUCAGAUGCUAUUGAUCUGAUUGACGAACGUUUAGUGAAUUUUGAAACAUCCACAAUACGUCUUGAAUUACUAAAACGAAAAUUUGAUUUACAACGAAAAUAUUUACGAACAUUGAAAAAGAAACAAAACUUAACUAUAGAAGAAAGAUCGACAUUAGAACUUCUUCAAAUAGGCUUUUUUGCUACAAUGACUGAAAUAGCACAUCUUGAAAAUGUCGUUGAUGCAUUCAGCGAAAAAAUGGAAUUCAUGGAAGAACUUGUUGAUGAUUCACCAUUAGAUAGGGAAAAAUGGUAUCGAUUUCAGCUAGAAAAGAUCAAUAGUCGAUUACCUCGACGGGAACAAGGUAUUCGUGAUAAUCGACUACCAGAUUUUAUUCCCGAUAUAUGGCAAGUUGAAUUUCUUGAUGCUGUUGAUAAACGACAAUCAAUUAUUAUUGUUGCACCCACUGCUUCAGGUAAAACUUAUGCAUCAUAUUAUGCUAUCGGUACAGUAUUAAAAGAUAAAAAUGAUCCAAAUGGUGUUUGUGUCUAUGUAGCACCAACUAAAGCAUUGAUUAAUCAAGUUGCAGGUAACUAA